CUGACUAAGCAUUCUUUAGUGACGUCUCGCGCUAAAAUUCCUGAUCAUAUGGAUUUAUAUAGACAUGUUUAUACUAUAAGGUCAUUUAUAUUGUUUUAGUUAUUCAGAUACCUAUAUCAGGUUUAUAGCAAUAAGCAGUGAUCUACAAAAAUACAAUAUAACUUCAUCGGCUGUACAAUGAUUGGCAUCCGGCUGUGUGCACUCUUGGUGGCAUUUUUGUGGUUAGCGGGACCGAGCGAGGCCCGGCGCAAACUCAAGCGAGACGACGUAGAAAGCUUGAAGUCAGUGGAGACUGUUGGUUUCGACGAAGAUUUUGACGAGUUAGAGCCAUGUCAAUGUGGCGUGUUCAUGUCACAGCAAGUGGGCAUCAAGGAGGGCCGUCGUAGUCGGCCGAGAGGUCCGCCGCAGGGCGAGCCCGUGGUCACGUACGACACUGAGAGUCCAAGUUUGCCAUGCGGCACUGGGGGAUUUAAGCAUUGCAUCAGCAAAUGUCUAGAUGUGAUAUUAAAGUACUUGCCGCGCGCCGGGCCAGUAAUCUGUGGCGCAGUAGAGCGAGACGUCCGCCGAGAGAAGGCGUUCCUUUUUAUCAGGAACUGCGGUGGGCAGUGGACUCCCACUAACUUUUCCGCGGGUAAAGAAUUCUGCUGUACGGAUGGACAGCAUCACAAGUGUUAGGUUUAAUUUUAUGCUAAUAAUAGGUUCAAUUAUAUAAAUUUAAGUGUAGUGUGUAGUUAGUAAACAUGUUUAGUAUUCUUAAUAUAAAUUAGACUUAUCAAUGUAUAGUUUUAGACCCUAAAAUAUUAUAUCUUUAUGUAUAUAAAUAUUAAUGAUUUAGUUUAUUAAUUUGUUGCUUCAAUCAUAUAAUAUAUAUUUUAUUUAACAAUACAAGUUAAAGGAUUAAUUGAGAAUUAUCAUUAAUUGUUACAUGAUCAUGAUUUAAUCUGUGCAAAACAUCACAUGUGGAUAUUAUUGUUAUCAUUAUUUUUAUUUAGUUAAGUUAUAAGUAUUUAUGCUAUCAAAUAUUUAAUCUAUUUAUAAAUACGAAUUAUUAAAAAUAGUUAUUAAAUGCGUAAGUAAUGAAUGCGUUAUAAAUAAGUAGUUAAGAUUAAUUAUUUUUUUUUAUAAUAUAUAUUUUCUAAAGAACUUCAAAUAUUUUUAAUUUACGGAUAUAAACCGCCGUUUCAACUAUGCAUGGUAUAGUUUUUUUUAAAUCAAAACUCAUUUCGUCCAAGGAACAAAACCUAAAUGCUUAGGGCUGUAACGUCAUAAAUAGAGAAAUAAGUCAAUCAUUUUGACCCAGUUUCGUUGUCUGCGGGAGCAGCUGAGUCUUUAAGUGGUGUAUUUUAGUUUGGGACAACGUGGCUAUGCGGGUGUCAUCCCUGUAGACAGAACAGAAACGGUGAUUAUUUCAAAUGGUAUUUUUUUAAAUAGGUAUUUUGUAUUAUUACAUUAAUUAAUAUUAUAUAUCAAUUAAUCGUGUUAAUCUAACUCUUAGAUAACAAUUGGAUUCUUUAAAUUGUUCGUAUUAAUUAUCUAGGAAAUAAGAAAUUAUGAUAAAGCAAUUGUUUAUAAAAGAUAAAGGCCCAAAGAUUCAAUGAUGUAUUUUGCGUAAGGCUAUUUUAAGGUACCACGAUUUAUUAUUUUGAGUGUACGAGUUUACAUCGUUAUAAUAAAUAAAUUAUGUGUUGCACACAAUGAUA